AUGAAGCGCUACGAGGAGCACUUCCAAGAGCGGCUCCCUCGAUUCUUCUGGACUGACAACACGCGGUCGGAUGCGGCCAAUCUGUACUGCGUCCUCAGCUCCCUCGAGCAAGUACUCGAGGACGCCACCCACUGCAUGGCUCGUUACUUCGACGCGAUCCCGGACAGCCACCCUCUGAAAGGGGACAAAGGCACCUUGCGGAACCAUCUUCUCCAGCAUGCCCGCAAGAAGCUGACGUUAAAGGAGAUCAACGCCAAGCCGAACAGCUGUUGGAACAUCCACUGUAGAAGGACCAUUCCUUCGAAGGAGGUGUUGGCAACUCGAAUGGAUGCUGUUAUGAGGAAGUACGAGUUGGGGGGGAACGGGAACAAUGGAGAUAGGACUUUGGUGACGCUGGAGCUGCAGAAGGUGCAUGAGAAUCAACUGAAGCUCGUCCGGGCUGGAGCCUUGAGCGAUCCGUUGGGCGUGGAGGACAUGUAUUACGACGUCAGCAAGCCAGGCUCGAUGCCCCAGUUUAAGAGCAUUCGCGGCACGUCGAAGCUUGAGGGCUACCACAAGCACCUCAACAGCCUCUUCUCCGGGGGCAACUGCUCUCCGGAACUGGCGGAUGCGCUCCUCACCAUCUUCAACUACCGCUGGAACAUCACCUGCGGCAUCACCAACCGCGGUGAUCCGGACUUCCGCAUGAACGACCACUUUCUCCUCGAGGAGAUGCAAGCGGUCUGCCGUCAGAUGGGCUGGCCCGACCCGUUCCCCGAGUGGAAGAAGGCUCCUCCCACGAAGGAGCGGUUUGGCGCGGACAAUCUGCCGCCUGAAGUGCGGGAAGCACUCGAGAUGGCGGCAGCGCUUGAGGAGCCUGGGGCCACCGAAAGGGACCGAGAGGCUGUGGCUCUAGAGGAAAUCCUGGAGCGGCAGGCGCUUGCCAAGCAAGCCCGUGAUGCAGAGGGCCCCGUCUCCCCGCCCUCCGACCAGACGCGCGCGCCGCCGCUCUCUACGUCCAAGCAGUCGCGUGCAGUGCCCGCCCCCCGCUCCGAGCAGUCACCCGAAAUGUUCGCCCUUCCGUCCGACCUCCCUUGCGCGCAGUUGGCCCCCCCUUCUGACCAAACGCGCGCGUCACGCU